AUGGCCAAGAUCUCUCGUGGUGCCCCAGGUGGCAAGCUGAAGAUGACCCUCGGUCUCCCAGUCGGCGCCGUCAUGAACUGCUGCGACAACUCGGGUGCUCGUAACCUGUACAUCAUCUCCGUCAAGGGUAUCGGAGCGCGUCUCAACCGUCUCCCGGCCGGUGGUGUCGGUGACAUGGUCAUGGCGACCGUCAAGAAGGGAAAGCCUGAGCUGAGGAAGAAGGUGAUGCCCGCGGUCAUUGUCCGCCAGUCGAAGCCAUGGAAGCGCACAGAUGGUGUCUUCCUCUACUUCGAGGAUAACGCCGGUGUUAUCGUCAACCCGAAGGGUGAGAUGAAGGGAUCAGCCAUCACAGGACCAGUCGGAAAGGAGGCAGCUGAGUUGUGGCCACGUAUUGCCAGCAACUCUGGUGUCGUCAUGUAA